CUCUCGUGGUGACGGACACCUCCAUCACCGCCCAGUCAGUCACGAUUCCUUCAUCGACUGUUUGACGGAAGCAAGGCUUGAGCCUCAGCUUAGCUUCGCUCCUUAUCAUCUCCGCUCGGUAUCGGCAUAGCGCCGCGGCUUGAUUCACCGGUCCUCACUGCACCUGGUCAUACGCUCUGGGGCGAACAAGGUGCGUGCGUCAUCAUGUCGCGCCGAACGAGCGGACCACAGAGCAACAGGCGCAUCUCUGCUGGAGCCAGGAGCGCACCUUACGCACGCCCUGACGCGGAAAGGAGAAGUAGCUCGCAAAAUCAGAAUCGCGGUGGUGCCAGAGAGAGUGAUGCGAACUGGGAACACGACCGGUACCAAGGGGAUGAGGCUAGCAAAGGAACCUUUCCGCCUACACAGCUUUCGAUCAGAGGCUACUCUGGCCCAACAUGGGUUCUCGUCUCUAAUCUGCUUUUGGGCACUUCAGCAGCCGAUGUCGAUUCGACCUUUCGUCAGUAUGGCAAGGUGCUGACUGUUCAAAAAAGGGAACCACCGGGACCGAACCACCCGAGCGUCGCGUACUACGUCGCUUUCAACGACAAUGCAGAGGCCAGAGAAGCGGUCAAGACUUUGGACAAAGCGUUAGCGGAUGGUAGAAUUUUGACAGUUGGACUUUGCGGACCUCCAAUAAGCUCGGCAAGUCGCAUGCUUGCCAAUGCAGGUGUGGGAAGAGCUGCCGAGCCUGCGCCACGAAUGCCUCAACAUCAGCAGCAAGACAGAAGCCGAUCGAUAGAGGGUAGUGCCAGAAGCGGUACCUCGCGCAACCAGAGUGGAAACAAUGCAAGCGCAGCGCGCCCGCCCACGGGACCUCGCAAUCCCGGCAAGGUGCAAGUGCAGGAUCAAGGAGGAAGGGGGGCAAAGGUUCAGGCAACCGGGUCCUUGUCUCAAAGAUUGAUGAAUGCUGGCGAGCUGAGAGCGUUGCAGAAAAAGCAAGCAUUGGACAAGAGGGCAGCGUUGAUUGCCAAAACUGGAGCAAGGACUGGCGUGGCGGGCAAAGGCAAGACUGCGAUCAUCCAAGCGACUCAAGGCCUGGGACCCCGCAAGGGUAAAGGAGGAGCCGCAUCGACAGGUCUUGGUAGUAGGAUUGCUCCAUUGUCUCUCGCGCAACGCUUGCAAGCAGAGGAUACUGCUUCGCAGAAAAAGGGCAAAGGCAAAGCCACUGUUGCCACCAUCACAAGUGGCGCUCCGCCUGCGCCAGGUCAAGCUGCGAGCACAAAAGCAAAGUCUCGACGCAAGAAGAAGGAGAAUACGAUGGAUGUCGAUUGAGAUGGGACAGCUGUGGCCGUGUUGUGUGAGGGCGGGGCACGAAGCAGCCCGACCGACGUGUACCUACACUGCGCAGCUGCGCGGGACUUCAUGAACGCUGCCACGACCGACGACGGCAAUUUUGGAAGCUCCGCCACCUGUGUCACCACCUCCGCAUCGCUUGUAUCUAGGUGACCCCGGCCUGCACAAAGGACUUUUACUUUGUUCUUUGUUCGCCACGAAGCAUCCCACUCUGGCAAUCUUUUCAUGGCUCGCUUCUUCACUGUCUGAUGCUCAGUUCUAGACACGACGGGUACGAUUCACUUGAAGCAGUGCAA